AUGACCCAGCAAACCGUCGUCAUCGACCACGGGUCUGGCUACAUGAAGCCCGGCUUCUCCGGCUGGAACGAGCCGCAGCUGGUCUUGCCGAUCAUCGUGGACUACAGGCCUUGUAGGGAGAACCCCGGCCCCAGCUCCGCCUGGCGGCGCUUGGGUCUGGGCAUUGACCUUCUCCACCCUGACACCUUUAGCUACCCCAUCCAGCGGGGCCGUGUCCUCAACUGGGAGGGCGUGGAGCAGAUCUGGUCCUUUGUCCUGCAGAAGCACAGGCUGAUACACGAGGACACCCCCGUAUUGGUCACAGAGUCUCCCCUGAAGGAUCGAAAGAAGACCCUGGAGAUUAUGUUUGAGUUACUGGAUGUCCCGGCCCUCCUCCUGGCCGACCAGCUGGAGAUGUCCCUGUACGCCACGGGCUUCCUGACGGGCAUGGUGGUCGAUUCCGGCUGCGGCCUGACCCGAGUCCAGCCUUUCCACUUGGACGGUCCCAUAUGGCCCACCGGGAAGAUGCUGGAGUUCAGCGGCCGGGAUCUCUCCGACUAUCUCGUCAAGAGCCUCUUCAAGGAAGACAGCAAGGUGAACAAGCUGUUUCAGCUGGAAAGAGUUGAUGCCAUUAAGAUGACCAAAUGCUACGUGCCGCAGAAUCUGGUGGAGGCGCUGGACUACCGCCAGAACCUGCCCAGUGGCUACGAUGAUAGUAACACCUACGUGCUCCCGGACGGCACCUCCGUGGAGCUGACCCCCAUGCAGCGGCUGGCCCCCGAGAUGUUCUUCAGCCCGCAGGUGUUCGACCAGGAGAGGCCCAGCAUCUCCCAGGCUGUGCUGGAUCCCAUCAACGCCUGCGACACCGCCCUGCAGCCCCAGCUCAUGUCUCACGUGAUCGCCUGUGGGGGGAACACCCUCUACCCGGGCUUCACCCUGCGCCUGUUCCUGGAGUUGGCCCCGCAUUAUCCCUCCUGCACGGAUGCCUCCGUGUGGAGUCAUAGCAAGAGAAACUUUAGCGUCUGGCUGGGAGCGUCUAUUGUGGCUCAUCUGUCUACUUACAAGUCUGAGUGGAUGACCAGGAAGGAGUAUGAUGAGAAAUAG